AUGGCUCCAACAUCGACGCACGAUUUCGAUGCUACUGUGUCUGGAUCAGCCUCUAAUAUCAGGACAGAACUGGAAGCAGGCAUCUACGUCCCGACCGUGGCUUUUUUCAAAGACGAUGAAGAAUUAGAUGUUGAGACGACGCGCAAGCAUGCUUUGAGACUGGCCAGCAGCGGCAUAAAAGGCAUAGUCACGCAUGGUUCGAACGGAGAAGCCGCGCACCUUAGCCACGAGGAGCGAGUUCUCAUCACCCAGACGACCAGACAAGCUCUUGACGAUUCGGGUCACGAUGUCAAACUCAUCGUGGGAUGUGGAGCUCAAUCCACGAGAGAAGCAAUAAAGCUUUGCAAGGAUGCCGCUUCUGCUGGCGGUGACGCUGCACUCGUCUUGCCGCCAAGUUACUUCGCUUCGCUGCUAUCAUCAAAGCUUCUCCUUGACCACUACCGAAAAGUUGCUGAUGCCUCACCAAUCCCCAUUCUGAUUUACAACUUCCCAGCGGUGCAAAGCGGACUCGAUAUUACCUCUGAUCAGAUCAUUGAGUUGGCACAGCAUCCUAAGAUCGUAGGUGUCAAACUCACGUGCGGUAACACAGGAAAGCUGGCUCGGGUUGUGGCUGCUACGAAAAGUUCGAAAUUCCUGACGUUUGGCGGUUCUUCCGACUUCCUCUUGCAGACUUUAGCGGUAGGAGGUGCUGGCGUUAUAGCAGGGCUGGGCAACCUCGCGCCAGUGACGAAUGUUCGAGCGAUGCAAGCAUAUGAGGCUGGCGAGCUUGAGCGAGCACGCGAGAUGCAAGCUGUUCUGGCUGAAGCGGACUGGGUCGCGAUCAAAGGUGGAUUCGUAGCUGUCAAGGUCGGGCUCAAUCAUGCUUGUGGCUACGGAGGACAUCCAAGGUUGCCAUGUGCGAUGCCUGAGACGAAGGUGCAAUCAGAGAUGACAGUCGGAUUUGCUCGACUGCUCGAACUCGAGCGCAGUCUCCAGAAACAGCUGUAA